AUCAGGAUGGGUCCUGUUGGUGAAAAGAAGGAUUUGUCCUGCAGAAUGUGUGGGCUGAAAGAGCAUUUUCCUACUGUGUCGUUGUAAGAACGCCUAGUUGCCUAGAAAUGGCCGGCGGCCGCCAGCCGCAACAGGGGUUGAGUCCCAUCUCCUGCACCCUGCGAUUGGGUAGCCGGCUGGAGGGUUGCAUUCUGGUUGAUGCUGUUAGUUCCAGGUUUGCGAUCGGGCAGAAGUAGACAGAGAGGACAUGCUAGGCGUGGCGUAGGCAUCAUCUAAAUAGUCUGCUGAGGUCUCCUUUCCCUAAAGCUCAUACUUUUUCUCUUAGCUUGCUAACCAUGUCUUUUGAUGGUUGAGAUGGACAUCUUCUCAUAUCUUGGAUGAUUUCGUUGGCUACCCCCCUACUCAAUAUUUGGGCUUCGACAAGAUGCGAUUACUGCACGUGAAGGAUAAGAAAUUGAAAGAUUUCAUAGGCCAAUCUAUACCCCAAUAUGUCAUACUAUCGCAUUGUUGGCGACCGAGAGGCGAUGAGAUCCUCUAUGAGGAUGUUGUGUACUCGGAACCAAAGAUCUGGAAGAAAAAGAAGAAAAAGGCAGCUGAAAAGGUGAUCAAGGCUUGUGCGGUGGCCAGUCAUCUUGGAUAUGAGUACGUCUGGAUUGACACUUGCUGCAUCGACAAGCGGAGUAGCUCAGAGCUGUCAGAGGCAAUCAACUCUAUGUACCUAUGGUACAGGAAUUCCGAUAAAUGCAUUGCAUUCCUAGAUGACAUCAAGGUACUUGAAGACAUUGGCAAAAGUCGGUGGUUUACUCGUGGCUGGACACUCCAGGAGCUCAUUGCGCCUGACAACGUGCGGUUCUAUAACAAAGACUGGUCCUAUAUUGGCGAUAGGUUUGCAAUGGCCAAGACAAUAUCAGGGAUUACUAGGAUCGACGAGGUAGUAUUAAGACACGGACACAAUCCCGAACUGGAAAACUGGGAUGAUCACAACUACUGGGAAGACGGCGUUCACCACAUAUGUAACUGUGGCAUCAACAGCUUCGACUCAGACAGACUUCGAGGGGUACUUGAAACCUUUAGCGUUGCCACAAUCAUGUCAUGGGCUGCUGGUCGUGAAACAUCGCGAGAGGAAGACAUAGCCUACUGUCUGAUGGGACUAUUUGACGUAAACAUGCCUUUAUUGUAUGGCGAGAAAGGCAAAGCCUUCCUACGUUUGCAGGAAGAAAUCAUUCGACGAACCAAUGACCAGUCCAUCCUUGCCUGGUGCUCAACAAAGACGGAGGGUAUGGCCUGGUUUCACGGACGAGAUCUGGCCAGUAGUCCAAAUGACUUCGCUCACAUCGGUAUCAAGAAGAAAUGGUCACUGGAAGAUCCUAUUUAUGAUGAUAAGUCGAGGCGCGAGAUCAACAUGACUAAGGAGGGCUUGGAAGCAGAACUGCUUUGUUUUCCGCUCGCUCCCGGAAACCAGUUUAGCGAGGAGAAUGAGUGCUACCUGGCGGUGCUGGACUGCACACUUGGCGAUAACCCAUUAGCCAAGCCAGCUAUUGUCAUAGAGAAACCUCCGUGGGGUGCUGCUAACAUGUUCACUAAAAACUUAUGCUUCAUGCUCUUGGUCAUGACGCCAGGAGACUCGGAUUCCCCCGAUAACACUGUUUCCAAGGGUGUCGUAAGGAUAGCUGCUUACACAUUUGAUGGCCCAGAUAUGUUCAAGUCAAUGGAAUAUGAAAAGCAAAUCUUUCGACAGGAAUUUGACUUGAACGAGGGUGUGGUAAGAAAACUUACUCUCUCGCGGAUCUUGCUUCGCCGAGGCACGCACUCGCGGAACCGAUUUACUAUACCACCAAUUCGAGCCGAAAAUAUUGUGGAUUGCGAUGCUGGCGAAUAUUCUGUGGACUAUGCAUUACCUGAAUUCGACCAGUCUGACAAUGUAGCAGCACCUAACAACGAGCAUUACGGCCUGGCUUUGCUGAGGAAACAAGAAUCUCCGCAGUUCUAUAUUUUUUGGGGCCUAAAAAUAUUCGUCAAAGACGAAGGUGCUAGGUACGAAAGGGAGGAUUUAUGGUGCAAGGUCAUACCAGCUGAUGAUGAAGAGACGACCAAGGUCUUUGCCUCUGUUAAGGAAUGGUGCUACCACCAACGGGCGGAGAGUACGAGUAUGCGACACGACAUGCUAGAUUGGGCCAUAACGUCGGAGAAGAGGUUUUGGGGUGUCAGCGAAGUCGAUAGAGCAGUGUUGCAUAUCGGUGAGCUACGCCGUGAAGUCGUGGUUGAGAUAAGACGUAGUCGCUUCUUGCAAGAGGCGUUUCUUAAUCUCACAGUUCAUGUGAAGCUACCCCCUCAAAGGAGUCAAACGGUAUAAGUCGAGAUAAUAGAUGAAUAUAUGUGUUACGAUAUCCAGUAAUUGAGAUACAAAACCCCUAAAUCUUUGGAAACAUUAUCAUCCGAGAAUGAGAAAGUUCGAGCUGGAUGUGGUAGAUUGGU